AUGAAUUCACCAUUGUGGUCUUAUCCAUUUACGCCCUAUUAUCAACCAACAACUCCAUCAAACUUUUAUUCAUAUCCAAAUACAGCUAUCCAAACAAGUUUAAAUUCAUCAUCAGGUUAUGAAAGUGCUACGAAUGAAACAAGUUUUAUCGAUCCAUGCUUUGCGAGACCAUCGUUUGCUAACAAGGAGUCAACUCCAAUGCAUGAUGAUAUUCACAUGGAUGAAGACAGUAUGUCGUCGGAAAACAAUAAUGAAAACCGAAAAAAACGUCGUGUUUUGUCACGUCCACAACGACAAGAAGCAAAUCGUCGUGAACGUCAACGAAUGGAUAUUAUAAAUCAGGCUUAUGAAGAAUUACGAAAUGUACUUCCGUUUAAAAAAGGUCGAAAACGCCAAAAAAUGUCUCGUAUGGAUACAGUCGAUGGUGCUAUUCGUUAUAUUCAUACACUUCUUGAAACACUACACGGACCGCAUUAUAAUCCUGAUUGGGCUAAGUGA